GCAGCGUCCGUCUCUCAACCCUGCCAUUCGAGCUCUGAACGUCCGUCGGCCGUCUGCCCGACGCACGCGAUGCGCGGCAAUGGAUGCAAUCCGCAGCCUCUCGCCCAAGUGAACGAAGAAGGAUAUGAAUACCAGUAUGCUCGUGACUCCAUCUUGACGGGCUCUGCGGCGCCGUCCAUGGAAGACCUUGCGAUGUUUGGGACGGCGUCAGCGGAUCCCGAAGCCAUGACGGAAACCUCGAGUGAACCCGACACGGACGAUGACAAACGAUACGAAUCGCAGUACAUGAGUCUAGGUCAGCAAUAUGGCGCCCGCAGCAAACAAAAGCGACAAGAACGUCGGAUGCAGGAGCUACUGGACGUAAAAAUGCAGUCGUUCAACGGCGUCUCGCGUGGGCGCGGCACGUCGAUCACGGACCCGGUGCGCCACACCUUCACCGACGAGCUCCCACCGCCAGUGUCGUCGGCGAUGAGCAGCAGCUCGCUCAAUUCGUCCCGAGCGUCCAUGGUGAUGGGACCUGUGCUCCAGUCCAUGGCGCGAAGGGACGUGAACGAACGCCAUCGCCGCGCUUCCAUGCGAUCGUUCGAAGGUUGGUUGUUGAAACGCGGACAACGCGUGAAGAACUGGAAGCGGCGGUACUUUACCUUGAACGGCCAAGAACUCAAGUACAUGGAAGGGCCGGGCGCGAAACCCAAGGGGUACGGGAUGGUCGUGGGCGUCAAGAAACUGCAUGAACUUCCAUACGCUCUCAGCAUAUCGAUUGUUCCCAACCGCACUUUGGACGUACAAGCAGAGAGUACGGACGAGCAGGAAGCGUGGAUGCAGCGCAUUCUCGAUGCAUGUGGACACGUGGCCGCGACGACGCCGCCGCCGCCACCAGUUCUUCAUGUAACUCUUUCGUCUGCUCCUGCGACGCCGCCACAACAAUUGGCAGCAUCGUUGCAAUCGACGCUCGAGCCACCGCGACCGCCGACGGAUCUGAACAUCGCACCGCCGUCCGUUCCCGUACGGCGCACCAGUUCGUUGUCGUCGCGGAGUUCGACGAGCCACCACGAGAGCGACUAUGGAAUUCAAAGUUCGUUGGACACCGCGACGACUUGCGAGGGCUGGCUGUACAAACAGGGCAGCUUGGUCAAGAACUGGAAGAAGCGGUGGUUCACCCUCCUGGGCGAAGUGCUGUCGUACCGGGACAUGCAGUCGUCCGUCGCGAUCAAGGGCUACGGCCGUGUACAGAGCGUCCAACGUUGCAUGACGACCCACGCAUUCGGACUCCUCAUCGAGCUCGACAACAACCGCAAGCUCCACGUGUACGCCGAGGACGGAGACACGCAGAAGCGCUGGUACCGAGCGAUUGCCCAAGUUCUGCAGCCGACCGCGACGUCAUCCGAAGGGGUAGCCGGUAGCGGACACGCGCCCCUCAUGUCGGCAAACCAGACCUUGUUCAAGCAAUCCAAAACCCACGGCGGAUACAUCAAGAACUUUUCAGGAUGGAUGAGUGUGCCGUCCGGCCUGUUUAACGCCUCGUGGACCCGGUGCUUUUUCACGUUGCAUGGAGUCGAGCUCGCGCAGUCGGACGACACGCCGUCCCCCGUCGUUCGAGUCGGCGUCAUCCAAAAAGUAGUGCCGUGGGAAGGCAAACCUGGGGGCCUUGAAUUUCACUUGCUCGGGCAAAAGAACGUGUGGCGGACACUGUGUCCGUCGAUUCGUGCCGCGAACGCGUGGAUGGCAGCCAUCGAAGACUGCCAAGGACGCACCCGGUACACCGUGGACAAGUUUUUGCGGUCGUGCGACGCCAAGAAGCUCCCGACCAUCAUGUGCGGGUGGCUCACGAAAACGUCGACGUCGUCCUCCAAGAAACACGCGAGUGGGCUGCGACAGUACUAUGUGCUGCGGCACCUCACGUUGAGUGUUGCUGCAGACGUGGACCUCCCACCGCAAGAAAUCGACGUCGUGACCGCGAUUUUGUUGUCGGACGAUCAUGACUGCGCUCUCGUGUUCAAGUUUUCAACGGCGCCAACCCUCGUCCUCGAAUGCGACUCGGUCGAAUCGUGGACGCGUUGGCAGCGAAUAGUGCGCACAUGCCUCAAGGAAACGCACCGCGCCAACUACAUCUUAAAUUAACUAGCCACCUUUCUCGUUGUAUGCUGCCUAUCCAUGGUUGUCUGUGCGUGGACGUAGCCCGCAAUGAGUCGGAAGACGGACGAAUCUCGGAAUUGGUGGCGCGGUCCUCAUGCUUGGA